GUCAUUCUGCAAAAGCUGCUCAGAACAGGCUUUCCUCUGAAAAGCAGUGCAGUUCCUUUUUAUAAAGACUGAAUCUAAACGUUGUCUCUGGAGACAAGAAGCCUUCAGUAUGUUAAAUGACUUUAUUAUGUAUUUUCGGAUGCUUAUUGAUUUCACAGUAGGAAGAGUGAGAGACUGCAGCAGCCUCUAAGCAGCCUUUCCCGUUCCAUACAUUAGCAGUACUGCUGAAACAAUGGCAUAGUACAGACACAUAUUUUCAUUAAGGUCAUUUCUGAAGAGGUGUUUAUAACCCUCUUCCCCCAGUUCUCUACAAACAAGUGAACAAAAUGAAUCAAUCAAAACUGGAAAUGCUUCAACUACAUCAAGAAUUUAUCAAAUCCUUAGCAAAGGGCCCAUAGCAACUAAUUCAGUAUUUACAACCAACAAUCUGAAGAUUGCAACUGACUGAGAAUCUCCCUAGCUCUCUGAACCACAAACUACAAGAUAUUUCUCCUAAGAAACUAAGGAGUUAAAACCAGGGAAUAGCUCUAUAUUACUGCUGGAAUAUAACAAAUCUACAGUAUACUAAGAAGAUGCUACAAAUAAUAACCACAAAAGGAAACACAAUAUGAUUACAAAAGCCUGGGGUGAAAAUGGUGAGCAUUUUUAAAGGGGGAGUUUAACACACCAGAAUCGUGGAAGCUAUAGAUUCCUGAAGAAACAAUGAAAUAUGAGUUUCAAAAAAAAGAAUGACUAAUUUCACCAACAAGCAAAAUGAACCUUAUGUUUUCUACACUAUUCAGCUAUUCAUAUCAAUUGAUGUGACUAAUGGAUUUUUCCAUCUGAGCUUUAUGACCAAUUAUGUAUCCUCUUCUAAUGAAAACAAACCAAAUUAAAUAGCACAUGGUUUUCAUCAAAACAACCUGGACUGGAUUUUAAUAUAAAGAAAUUAUGUGAUCAAGAAGUAAUUUCAAAACCAUGAGGACUGGUAUACAAAAAGAUUUACAAUUGUAACAAAAGGAUGUCUAAAUACAUUUUAGAAGCUAGAAAACUUACAUUUCCUUUUUUGUUUUCACAUAUUCUGGAAAAUAAAGGGACACUAUCAUAUAUUCCCUCAAAGGAAAAUUUCUAUCAUUUGAGGAAGUUUCUCUUGGUCGUGACUUUCUAAGGCAAAACAAACACAAAUAUUAUGUACUGUUCUUUAGAAAUCCAUCAGCUAACUAAAGUUCAUAAUUUAUGCAGUUGAAGUACUGGAGAGAAAAUGAAAGAAUUCCUGCAAGACAUGAAAUAAAACACAGCUACUUCACUGCUGUCAGGGAAAAAAGCCAACUGCUCCAAAAGAAUGUGUUUUUCUCCCAUUCUGGAAAUCAACAUGCAGUCUGAAUCUAACAUUACAGUGCGAGAUGACAUUGAUGACAUCAAUACCAAUAUGUACCAAGCACUAUCAUAUCCACUAAGCUUUCAAGUGUCUCUCACAGGAUUUCUUAUGUUAGAAAUUGUGCUGGGACUUGGCAGCAACCUCACCGUAUUGGUACUUUACUGCAUGAAAUCCAACUUAAUCAACUCUGUCAGUAACAUUAUUACAAUGAAUCUUCAUGUACUUGAUGUAAUAAUUUGUGUGGGAUGUAUUCCUCUAACUAUAGUUAUCCUUCUGCUUUCACUGGAGAGUAACACAGCUCUCAUCUGCUGUUUCCAUGAGGCUUGUGUUUCUUUUGCAAGUGUCUCAACAGCAAUCAACGUUUUUGCUAUCACCUUGGACAGAUAUGACAUCUCUGUAAAACCUGCAAACCGAAUUCUGACGAUGGGCAGAGCUGUAAUGUUAAUGAUAUCCAUUUGGAUUUUUUCUUUUUUCUCAUUCUUAAUUCCCUUUAUGGAAGUAAAUUUUUUCAGUCUUCAAAGUGGAAAUACAUGGGAAAACAAGACACUUUUGUGUGUCAGUACAAAUGAAUACUACACUGAACUUGGAAUGUAUUAUCACCUUCUAGUACAGAUCCCAAUAUUCUUUUUCACAGUUAUAGUAAUGUUAAUCACAUACACCAAGAUACUUCAGGCUCUUAAUAUUCGAAUAGGCACAAGAUUUUCAACAGGGCAGAAGAAGAAAGCAAGAAAGAAAAAGACGAUUUCUCUAACAACACAACAUGAGACUACAGACAUGUCACAAAGCAGUGGUGGGAGAAAUGUAGUCUUUGGUGUAAGAACUUCAGUUUCUGUAAUAAUUGCCCUCCGGCGAGCUGUGAAACGACACCGUGAACGGCGAGAAAGGCAGAAAAGAGUCUUCAGAAUGUCAUUACUGAUUAUUUCUACAUUUCUUCUCUGUUGGACACCAAUUUCUGUUUUAAAUACCACUAUUUUAUGUUUAGGCCCAAGUGACCUUUUAGUAAAAUUAAGAUUGUGUUUUCUAGUCAUGGCUUAUGGAACUACUAUAUUUCAUCCUCUACUAUAUGCAUUCACUAGACAAAAAUUUCAAAAAGUCUUGAAAAGCAAAAUGAAAAAAAGAGUUGUUUCCAUUGUGGAAGCUGAUCCCAUGCCUAAUAAUGCUGUAAUACACAACUCUUGGAUAGAUCCUAAAAGAAAUAGAAAGAUUACAUAUGAAGAUAGUGAAAUAAGAGAGAAAUGUUUAGUACCUCAGGUUGUCACAGACUAGGGAAAAGUCUAAUUUUCACCAAAUCCACAUUCAGAGGAGUUUUAGAUUUGAAUUGUAAAAAAAAAAAAAAAAAAUGAUCUUACUGCCAAAUAUAAAAAAAAAAACCAUUUUAAGUAACGGUUAUGUUGUAAAUUUUCAAUGUGAAUGUCAAUUAGAUUAGCUCAUAUAUAUUCAAUUUCUUCAUUACUUAAUGUAUUUGUUGCAUGGCAGUUUGUUAAAGUAAAUAUCAUGUGUAUAUUUUGUCAAUAUUAUGUCCAUCAGAAGAUAUUCGUGUAAGUCAUAUUUUCUAAAGAAUAAAUACAUAGCCUUAAAACAGUGUAUAACUUUAAAAAGUAA